CAUAGAGUCCCUAGAUGGCAUUCACGCACGGAUUUUCGUCGUUCUCCGUUGCCAGUUGGAAAGCUGUCCGAUCUUCGGAAGAAAUUGUAGGGCUCGUCCGCACGUAAUAAUUUUUUCCGAGACAGAUCAGAGAUACAAGCAUGUAACAGGCUGUUCGAGGAGGGUGAAAGAAGAAAACAAUCAGGAAGCUUGCAGGCGAUUCAGUAACUCUCUAGUUUGAUUGUAGAACUCUCUGUCUGAACCUCUUUUUCAGAUAUUUGCAUUUUCAUCCGACAUCAGUGUGAAUGUGGUUCCGUCACUAUGCUCAGCAAAUAAUGUCAAGCAACGUGGUUUUUUGUCGAUUAAACAUCCAGGCAUAUAGCUAGUUAUUUGUAUAUGGGUGGAUGUUCUUGUUUUGGAGCGUACAAACUCCUGCUCUUGCUAAGAUGGCAUUGAAGAUGGUCUUUCCUUCAAUAUUUUUCCUUUUUUCUGCGGCUGAGUCAUCUGGCAUCUCAAGGAAAAUGUUAUAUCUUAACCUGUAUGGACAGUCAAACAUACUUCUGAGCUGGCCGAUCUUAAGUGCAGGCAUAUUCGUGUUGGUUUCAGUAGUCUUGUCACUGUUCCUUGUAUUGGAUCAUCUUGUUGUGUAUUAUGAGCCCGAGGAGCAGAAAUUUCUGAUCGGCAUCAUUCUUAUGGUUCCUGUCUAUGCUAUCGAAUCGUUCUUAUCACUAUUGAAUUCAAAAGCUGCAUUCAUCUGUGAAAUUAUGCGCGACUGUUACGAGGCCUUUGCUCUAUAUUGCUUUGAGAGGUAUUUAAUUGCAUGCCUAGGAGGUGAGGAGAGAACAAUUAAGCUUAUGGAGAACCAGGUCCAAACCAGUUCUAGCAUGCCUCUUUUGGAACUUGCUUACGAAGAUAGAGUUAUAAGGCAUCCAUUUCCAUUGAAUUGUUGUAUGAGGAAAUGGUAUCUUGGCCCAGACUUCUAUCAAGCUGUGAAAAUUGGUAUUGUACAAUAUAUGAUAUUGAAGACAAUUUGUGCACUCUUAGCAAUCAUUUUGCAGCUUUUUGGGGUCUAUGGUGAAGGAAAGUUUGAAUGGACUUGUGGGUAUCCAUAUCUAGCGGUCGUUUUGAAUUUUAGCCAGACAUGGGCUUUGUAUUGCCUCAUACAGUUCUAUUCUGUUACCAAGGACAAACUCGAUCAUAUAAAGCCUCUCGCCAAGUUUCUUGUGUUCAAGUCCAUUGUAUUUUUAACCUGGUGGCAAGGAAUUAUUGUUGCGUUUCUCUUUUCAACUGGAGCUUUUAGAGGCCAUUUAGCACAGGAGCUGAAAACUCGCAUCCAAGAUUAUAUAAUAUGCAUUGAGGUAUGAUGCCAUAUAAUGUUC